GCCUUUGGCCUCUUGAACACACUUGCUUCUGCAUACCUGAGAUCAUCUCCAAGCGUCUAGACCUCACACCAUGGUUCACUUCACAGCUGAGGAGAAAGCUGCUAUCACAAGCCUCUGGGAUAAAGUGGACUUGGAAAAAGUUGGAGGAGAAACCCUGGGAAGGCUCCUGAUUGUGUAUCCAUGGACUCAGAGGUUCUUUGACAAAUUUGGAAACCUCUCUUCUUCCCUGGCCAUCAUGGGUAACCCCAGAAUCAAAGCCCAUGGCAAGAAAGUUCUGACAUCUCUAGGCUUGGCAGUUAAGAACAUGGAUAACCUCAAAGAGACCUUUGCUCAUCUCAGUGAGCUGCACUGUGACAAGCUUCACGUGGAUCCUGAGAACUUCAAGCUCCUGGGUAACAUGCUGGUGAUUGUUCUUUCUUCUUACUUUGGCAACGAAUUCACGGCUGAGGUGCAGGCUGCCUGGCAGAAGCUGGUGGCUGGGGUGGCCACUGCGCUGUCCCACAAGUACCACUGAGCACCUUCCCUGAUGUCCAGCAUUCUGCCUACCCCUCAGCUCUAUCCUACCCAUGACCACUGGCCUCUGGGAGCAGGGCUUCUGCUUAAUAAAGUCCAUUCUCUUCAGUAAUCCAUAA